AAUUACCAUACACAUUACAGUUAUUUGCAUAAUUUGAAUACUUCAUGGAGGUAUUACAAUUUUUAGUGUUCAUGUUGUUCUCUGUCAUUCGGAUGGAAAACCUUCAGGACAAGCCAAUUAAAAUUUCUUCUUUGAAACAAUUUCUUUUACAAUGACCAACCUGCAUAUUUAUAGGCUUAUGAGUUUUGAUGCUUGUUUCUUUUCAGGGAGGCUUGUUUGUUCCUGCUUUCUACCAUGUAUACAUGAAGAUUCCAACAGAUUGAGGGGACAUUACCAUUGUCCAAUAUGCACCGGCAUUGUUAGACGCAAAGAUAGAUUUGAGAAACAUCUCAAAAAUCAUACCAAGGAGUCUACAUCUUCCCAGUCAUGUGUGGAGCCUGAGUCUUCCCAGUCACGUGUGGAGUCUGCUUCUUCCCAGUCACGUGUGGAGUCUGCUUCUUCCCAGUCACGUGUGGCGUCUGCUUCUUCCCAGCCACAUGUAGAGCCUGAGUAUUCCCAGUCGCGUGUGGAGUCUGCUUCUUCCCAGUCACGUGUGGAGCCUGAGUCUUCCCAGUCACGUGUGGAGUCUGCUUCUUCCCAGCCACAUGUAGAGCCUGAGUCUUCCCAGUCACGUGUGGAGUCUGCUUCUUCCCAGUCACGUGUGGAGCCUGAGUCUUCCCAGUCACGUGUGGAGUCUGCUUCUUCCCAGCCACAUGUAGAGCCUGAGUCUUCCCAGUCACGUGUGGAGUCUGCUUCUUCCCAGUCACGUGUGGAGUCUGAGUCUUCCCAGUCACGUGUGGAGUCUGCUUCUUCCCAGUCACGUGUGGAGUCUGCUUCUUCCCAGCCACAUGUGGAGCCUGAGUCUUCCCAGUCACGUGUGGAGUCUGCUUCUUCCCAGUCACGUGUGGAGUCUGCUUCUUCCCAGUCACAUGUGGAGCCUGAGUCUUCCCAGUCACGUGUGGAGUCUGCUUCUUCCCAGUCACGUGUGGAGUCUGCUUCUUCCCAGUCACGUGUGGAGUCUGCUUCUUCCCAGCCACAUGUAGAGCCUGAGUCUGCCCAGUCACGUGUGGUUUCUGCUUCUUCCCAGUCACGUGUGGAGUCUGAGUCUUCCCAGUCAUGUGUGGAGUCUGCUUCUUUCCAGUCACAUGUGGAAUCUGCAUCUACAAGAGUACAGAAGUCAGGAGGUCUGGUGAAGUGCAAGCUCUGUCAUGUGGAAAUGCUGAAAAAAAGCAUCAGGAGACAUAUGACUAACAAACACAAUGACCAUUUUACGGACAUUUCAGAAAAACGACAUCAUCAAUGCAUCUCAGUUGAUCCAAAGUUGGGUCUAUAUAUGGUCAGUAAAUCGAUUUCUGGUCCUACAUACCCACUUCAUGUCCGACUCCAUCUUUCCGGCCCAAACCAACAAGUGAAAUGUGAACAGGAGGGGUGCAAUGACAUACUCAAUGCAGUUAGCAGGGGAGGAGAUGUCUCAUUUCAAUGCACACAUCUCCUGUCUGUGCCUUAUGCGGAAGCUGCGCCUUCAGAAGUAGAACUCAAUGAAGAACAUCUUCCUAUGACAGGUAUGACUCAGGAGAGACAAGCAGAGUGUGUAGAUCUCCAAAGCAAGGCAGCACUCGCAGGCGCACCACUCGUAGUUCCUUGGCAACCACCAGGUGCACAUGACACUGUGUUCCUAUCAGUGUAUGAUGGAGGCCAUCACCAUUGGGCAAAGCUGGGAAGGGCAGUUGUUGCAUUAUCAGGCAACAUCCUUAACUGCACCUGUUGCAAGAUCAAACGUGGAUGUAUUCACAAGGGAAUAAGCAAGUGGUGGAGCAUCCAACAUCGUGGAUCAUCUGCUCCAGAAAGUGAUCACCUUGUGGAUACCUGCAAUGACACAGAUACAACAGAGUAUACGGCAUCCAUGAUAAGAACCAUGACAUCAUAUCUGAGGACGAAGACCAUUCCAAAGAACAUCAAAUAUCUGGACACAGUUGGGCACGAGUUGCUGAAUCCUACCAUCCACCCCAAGGAAGAAGUCUGCACACUGUGUGAAAAUACACCAAAGUUACAAGAAGAGCUGGCAACUUCCAAGGCAAAGAUCGUUGGCCUCCAGCACAUAUCAACAGGUAAGAAUAUGUUUUGUAAAAUACUGCACUAUCAUAUGGCAGCAUUGCUUUGUAAAUUACAGUGCACAUCAAUGGAGAUGAGAAUGACGUUUAUCUAUUAG